AAGAUGGCGUCAUGCAAGGAAGAUUUGUUGUGAAGAAAACCCAAAAGGACCUUCAAAUGAAAGAAAAUGAACAASUUCUCCUCCCUAAAAUCCCGUUCUGAAACCUCCUAUCAAUUUUUCCACUACUAAGCUAUGAGUUAGUGCUUCUUUUUUUGCUUGAAUUUUGUCAAUAUGUAUUCCAGCGACGAAAGCGACGAAGAAGAAACUUGUCCCUCUGACUUGUACAGAAGUCCYGUUGCAGGACUCAAGCCCGCUUUGGACAGUAUUUUUGCAGAAGUGCAGGCUAAUAUUCCUAUUAUUGGCUCAGACAGCGACUCUGAAGUUGACAGUGAUGACGAACCAGUUAUCUUCAACAGAAGUGGUGACCUGACCUCUCUCUCUACCUUAAAGGAUCUUUCCUCAGCUUUUACAGAAGUUCACAAGGAGUUACAGAAAGAAACAUUGCCGCUAGAUGAUUCAGUUGGCCUAAAAGAUGAACCCAAGAUCUCUUCAACAUCAACUGAUAGUGGGCUGUCUCUGCAUGGUGAUCUUGAUAGAAGUUUUAACAACCAUGUAUUCAAGGCAAGCGAUGAAGAUCAGGAUGACGAGAAUACCAUCGAUUCUAAUUCUACCACUGAGUCUAGUUUUCAAACAGCAGAAAAUGGAACAAAUGCAGUAUCAAGCAAUAGAGAUUCUAGUAAUCAUUCACAAGACUCAGUUGGGUUGAGCUUCUCACAUCUGGCWAACAUUGACUUUGAUGACCUUAUGAAACGUGUGAAUGAAGUGACAGUUUCUUGGUCAUAUGAACAUCCACUGGAACUUGAUGAUAUUAAUAACAAUGACGCAGAUUCUGAUGACAGUGAUGAUAGUGACAACAGUGAUGCCAGUGAUGAGUUAAUGAGACAGCUUGUUAAUUUGAGCCAGAGACAACAAGAGGAGGCUGUUACAGCAUCAAAUUCCACGACACUCAGCGGCACCAACAACACUCUGUCACCAGAUACAAACGUCGGUAUCCAACAGCAACAAGACUCUAAAACCAAGGAAUUUGGUGUCCAAGCUGACAGCACACAUAGUGAUGCUGGUAUGAUGGCUGUCAGUUCUAUGUCCUCUGUUGGAGUUAGUACUUCUUUUGGGUCUCUAAGCUACGGCAUGGACAUGGGUAUGGAUUUUCAGAGAAGAGCCUCAAGAUCUGAAGAAAGAGGAACUAUAUUUAUUGAUUUACGUAACCAGAAGAUUGGAUCCCAGAAACCAGAAAAGGCUAACUUGGCAUAUUCAAGUUCCAUUCAAAGAAUCAUGGGUUUUGGUGAAGAAGACAGUUCAUCAAGCAGUUCUGAAGACGAAAAUGACAUGGAAUUAUGGCACGAGCAGCGAAGACGAAUAAAACAAGCACUCGCAGCCGGAAACCAAGCACACGGAACAAACACAGUAAAGUCACGACCCAUGAAAAACACCACAGAUGCGUGCGAGUCAGAAACCAAGGCUGAUGAUAGGGAAACGAGAUCACUGAAUUUGCAUCAAGAGAAAAAUGGAAAAGAGAUAAAAGCAGAAAAACGUUUGGAGAUCAAACAUUCUUUUGGUGAAAAAAAAUCGGCCGAGAAGAGUGAGGAGUCGAAAUCAAACGAUGGUGAUGAAUACGAUGAUGAUGAUGAAUACGUUAUGAUAAAGAUAGAUGAAUCCUCGCCUAACAAGAAUGUAGCAGAGUUUGUUUCCAUCGAAUCGCGAGAACACGAAACUGUUCUUUCGACAGUGGCAUCACCUGAGCCCAAGCCUAUUGAAAAUGCAAAACAAGAUGAUUCCAGGGCUGAAGAAGUUAACAAAAGGAUAGCUUCGAUGCUUCUUGCUAACAAAGAUCUAGAGUCUGAGGUAAUGGUGACUGGGAGGAAAGAAGCUUGGGUGGAGAAUGAGACAGAGAAAGGAGGCUCCGAGCAGAGGAAAUCUUUACCAGACGAAAAGCGUGUAAAACCCGAAAACAUUAAGAGAUCUGUUAAGAAAGACGAAGUGGUGAACAUAAGGUCUGAUAGCGAAGAAACCCAACAGAAAAGAACAGAUGAGAUGAUAAAGGAASAGAAGCAAGAAGAAAGCAUCAAAGAGACUGGUAGCAAAGAGAAAGAAUCCAAGCCAUCCAUGAAAGACAACCAGGAGAAGAUCCUUAACGAGAAAAUGAAGGCAAAGAAAUUACGAAUACAACACAGGCUAGAGAGUGUCAAGCGCGAGCGUGAGUCAAGAACCCCUGGAGGGCGUGUCUGUAUAGCGGCACCUGAGACACCAGUCGUCUUUGAUUUGGAGGCUUCAUACGAGCCACAAGCCACAAGUCUACCAGACAAUUUUUCAUCCAAGAGCUACCUACUUCUCUCAGUCCCUCUCUCUACCUGCGGAGAACUGUCAUUAGGAGGAAACAAAGGAAGCUGGGGAAAAGGUGGUAACAAAGGCAACCAAGCAAACACAGACUGCCACUGUUUCAACACACUUCUARCAUGGCUAUUAUCCAUGGUGUGCGUACCAGAAUACACCCACUAUGAAGACCAUGCAGGUUUUUGCGAAGCGCCGUUCCACGUUAUUGGGCUCCAACAAACAUGGCACGAGGGAGAGCUGUCAAUCAAAGUUGGAAUCUGCAGYAGGGAGGAGUUUCAGGGUACUCGCGCAAAGCAAGGAAGUAAUAGGAACAACUUUCAAACUGCGGUGGCCAAGUUCUUAAGGACUAAUACUCUAAGUAGUGUCUUGACUAAGAUAGUAGGUUACCCRCCUGUGUUUGUCAACAUGUCCUUCAGUCAAAAAAACUUGUCGUCGUUAUUAACAAUCAACCCAGACCCCCAGGCCAUGAUCCGCGUUUUUGGAGCGGAGCCUGGUUUCUACUGGAAGACGCACGAGGUCGAGGACACAAUCGAUACCAGCUCGUCCAACAUUGAAUACUGCGGACCGGAAAUUCAAAACACUUUGAUGCUUGUUCAGUUUCUUGCACUUCAUGAUCCCAUGUGCAUGUUUGAUAUAUUGAACCGUGUGUGGAAGGAAGGGCUAGACCUGGCUGGUGUUCGUCUGUUGUAUACUCAUAGAGUACCCUUUGAUGAAAGACCAGGCUUAGAUCAGUCCAGUUCUAACGUCUUCCAAAAUGGCAGUCCUCUACUUGCUCUAGCCAUCAGGGGUCCGCACUCCUUGUCCCGUUGGCUCGAUGCAGUAGGCCCUAAAGACACAUGGCUUKCGCGUCGGACAGACCCCACCUCCUUACGAGCAGUCUAUGGCACCGAAGACAAGGAAGACCAUUUAUUCUAUUGCCCACGCAAUACUGACCGUGCAAAAACAGAACUAGCUCGUUGGUUUGGAGGCCGGGUACCCCCAGGAGAUACGUUGAAUAUCGGUAGUGAUGAUGUGGUUGUGCAAAGACCAAGGUCCGGGUCCCGGGGAAGGAAAGAGGAACACGCAGGAACACCAACGAGCGCUCUCCACACUCCUUUACCUUCUCCCCCGUGUACUCUGGUUGCGUCCACAGAAUCCUUGGUCGUGAUUGUUGCUUCUCCGCWMAUCCUUCCCAGAUGCCAUGGAAUCAUUCUGGCUAUUUGUAACUCUAGGGGGUUCACACUACAGGGAAUACGAAGAAUCAGAUUCCAUCCACCAAAUCAGAAAGACGGCAAUAGAGAUGCCUUAGGACUAACUGCCUCUCAACUUCCUAUAUUCUGCCCAGCCAAGAGCUUUGCAAGCGACCAGUCUGCGUCUCAAGUUUUUGUUUUUGACRGCCRUAACCCGGAUGCGCAGACGCCAUUUUCUUGCGCCUGUACUAUGAUUUGUUUACGUAAAGAGAACGGAAUACACCAAGUAUCCUCCCUCGUGGCAGCCUUAACAGACGAGUUAUCCCACAUGGAGUACCUGCCACGCGAGAUAACAUCCCAAGGCCAAGCAGUUGCCAGCAAGUUGUGUUUUGCAGCCRUCCCCUUCAGCGAACACAUUGGACAUAUCCUCGGAAAGAAGAUGAAGGAAACGCAAAAYUCCAACCUYUUCGCCGCUGCUUCGUUGAGCCAUUCCUUCCACUCUAACCCUGAACUGGAACAAGUUUGUGUGCUAACUCUGCUGAAGGAGAAAGCGACGAGGUACUGCCACGAUAUUCUUGAUCAACUCACUCUCGACUCGCCUCGUACUUUCCAAAUGAACACAGAUGAUUUUGAUAARAUCUACUGUGGCUUCGAACUGCUUGGCAUCAAGUUCGUKUCCUCMAUGACUAUGCAUCAAGCAAAAGAGUUCACACCUUAUGAAAUAGGCGACAAACUGUGGCAAAGCAGCCUUAAACCCCUAACAUCAGGACCUGCCUUGAUUUGUGCGCUGCGGGGUAUAAACGCCUUUGAAAGACUGCGGCACUUUAUCCAUAGUCACUACGGCUGCUCUCCAAAGAAGCGUCCUCUACAAAACAAGGAUGAAAGGUGUCCUGAUAUGUUCAUGUCUUCGACUCCUGAGAUYGCGUAUCGUCAGCUGACGGCCAUCUUCUUCGAACACGAGCUCCAUGCUGAYCAUUCCAUGCGCGCAAAUCAGCACCACCUACCACAAACACGGAGAGAUCUUAUAACUAAUGGAGCUAGCCAUAUAGAAGCCAGUCCAAAGCAGAAAGUAAAGAAAUCCGCACGAAGUAACAGCCCUGCACGUGGGAAUGCACAUACCAACGGGACGUUAUCACCUGAUGAUGUACCUAUCAUUGCCAGUCUCUUAGCAGGACCGCGAUUGCUGACYACUGUCUGUGUUAUUAAACCCGAUGCUGUACCCAGACAUGUGGGCAAGGUUCUCAAGAGGCUUACCCGUGAAGGGUUCAAUGUUGUCAAUAUGAAGAUGGACUACCUGUCUGAAGGAGAUGGUUUGGCGUUAGUCCUACGAGACUGGGAUUCCUUGAAAGAUGAUCAGGAUACCCAUGUCAAACACCUUACCUCUGGUCCAGUGAUCAUACUYAGCCUUCAGAGAGAGAAUGCUAUUGGUAAGCUACUAGAUGUAYUAGGACCAGGCAAUCCUGAUGAAUGUCGACAGGAGUCACAGUUCUAUCUUAGAGGAUCGUAUGGACUUGAUCGGAUCAGGAACGCACUAUACGGUUCGUGUUCAUAUGAGAAUGCAGUCCAAGACCAUAAGCUGUUGUUCGCCCAAGGUGUCUGUUGUUCACCGACCAUUGAUCUUAAAGCUGAGGGGAUUCCUUGCCUGUCAUCUGAUAAGAUUUUCAACGCUGACGCUCAAAGAACCCUUGUAGAUGUCCCAGAAGACUCCAAAUCUAAUUGCAGUACAGUUAGCGAAUUCUCAACUGUUUAUCUGCCACCCUCCUUACUCGAAGUCAACUGUAUUCUACUGCUGCCAAAUCUAUUGAAAAUCCAGGGGGGAGCCUCAACUAUCAGGUCGAGUCCAGGGUUUACCGAAGUCAUCGAUGGCCUGAUAAGUGUGGGAUUACAAAUCGUUGGACUUCGUAUGUUACGGCUAAACGAUAAACAAGCAGCACAGUGUACGAGGAUGUAUGGGGAUAGUAUACCGGCUGAUAUCAAACAAUACCAAAUGGCUUCGCAGCUAUCCCAAGGUUCUUGUAUAGUAAUGGCGGUAGUCAGAGAUGGAGCAGUCACAUCUUUUGAUACGCUACUUGGAAGUCCUCUGAAGAGCAAUUCUUUGGCUACUAGCUAUGGGAAGUACAUCCUGGCCGCGAAAUCAUUCAAAAAGGCUCGUCGCCUAGUGGAGUGCUUCUUUGAWCAUUUGAUGCAUAACAAGAAGUCCCAGAUAGAGUGCAAGGAUGAUUGAUCUGUCGUGCAGUCAUGGUGUAUGGUACGACUUCAUCAUACCGACCCCAUGCGUUAUUUCUCAAGCUAGGAGUCAAAACUAAAUGAUUCCCUUCUCUUGAGCACUGAUGCUUUAAAAGAAUUACAUUGUUUUGACCCCACAGGUUGGGAUUUAUCGCAAGGGUCUGUAAAAACAAUAAGACAUUUUUUUGUGGUUUGUGGCAUGGUAUAUGGUUGUGAGCCAUGGUUUUGAAAUGGUUUUCAUAAUUUAUGAUAAAUYAUUAGGUAUGAAAUUCGGUCUAACUUAAGGCUAUUUUGUACCGUAGUUUGUGGACCUUUUCCGCUUGGGAAAAAACACUAAAAAAUACUUGUUUCGCUAAGGUACAACCGUAUUUACUUAAUUUCUUGACCAUUCGGAAAGAUACGCUAUAAAACUCAAGGAAAUGACAUGUGGUCUGAAUUGGGAAAGUCUGUUCUGCUUGCCACCGCAUUAGGGAUGUGGGUGGAAGAGGGAAGCGAAGAAGGGGAAGGAAGCGCCUGCUGUGAAGUUCUCCUUUCUCCCUCCCACACACCUCUUUCACUCCUCCACUCCCAUUUAUUUCCUCUCUCAUUUCUCUCCUGCCAGACCCCCAAAGAAUAGGAAAGCAUUUUCCUCAAUAGCGAAAAGGUCAUUUAGCUAUUAUAUAACCUUCAGGGGCAUUUGCGUGGGAUUGUAGUAGAGUGUACUUUCAAUGCGCUACAUUUUAUUCCCUACUGAGAAUAUAUAUUAYCAUUCAGUCGCCCACGCAAGGGAUUCUAAUGGUGGCGACUAACGAUACGUGGAUUCUAUCCAUUCAAGCUGUAUCUUGUAUAUUGGAUUCUAGAUUAGYCGUUCCGAGGUUGAGGGGAAAACUGAGUGGAGUUAACAUUGCAGUGCGUUUUGGGCCUAAAACAGCCCCAAAUUGCACUGAAUGCGAACUCGACUCAGUCAUUCCCUCAACCUCGGAAUGGCUUAUUACGCAUCUUGCAUUGGAUUCCAGAUUUUAUGUCUUAGACCACAGGGUGCCAAAGCUUGGUUUUUGUGUCAGCACAUAUUACAGUAAAUGUAUGUAGUUGAUAAUAAAUCGAUUUUAUUUAGCUAAAUCUUUUUUUUGAAGAAUUCAGUUAUUGUUUUCAGUGUACCUUUGUUUCGCGUCCUGUUCUUAUAAUCUGAUACAUUUACUGUAAUAUACUAAAAAAACGCGAGGUUGGGUUCCCUGUGCUASGGCGGACUCCUCCAAAUUCUCAUAUGUAAGAGAARUCAGCAKUGGCGGAYMCAAGGGAGGGGUGCAGGGGGUGCGCACCCCUCCCUGGUUCAACUCUGCGCCCCUACUUCGAAGAUAACCAAUGCAAAAUAAUGUUUUUUCCCUUUGAUUMUAAGGGGUGCACCCCUCYCUGGGUUAACUUUGUGCAGUGCACCCCUCSAUGAACAAAUUCCUGGAUCCGCCCCUGAAAUGGAACUCUUAAAUGGAAACAGAAGGUUUCAAUACAUCUGCUUAUUCUUACAUUAGCAAAACAAUAUUUCCAUGCUCUACGCAGAGAUGUACAUUUUAUAACGUUUUCCAAAUUUAUCGAAAAUCUCAUUUUCUAUGGCUACCAGUUUCUAAACAUUCAGAACUAGUUUAUAGUUCUUAUUCGGUGAAUUUUAAAAAGUUUAAAAAAUUGGAAAAAAAGGUUUAACUUUAACUCAUUGAAUACUUUACGCGUGAGUUUUCCAAGUUGUUCCAGUAUUGAAUAUUAUUUCAUCAAAAAAGUUUUGCCCUGUUUAGAAAAAAUUUCUUGACACUUGGCGGUUUGAAUCCAAAAAGAGUUAUUCUAUACAUUAUUUAUUUUUGUACCCAACUUUAUUCGUAACUUAUUUGUAAUAUUAUAAGUUAAAGUGAAUUCAGGGGUUUUCACUUUGCUUUAAUUUGACCGCUUAAUAGUAAUAGUAGUUUUAUUAACCGYUUUUACGGAGCUUGAAUGCUGCUCGCGGGAGGGGGUCUAUUUGUAAAGUAUGUAAACAAUGCCUUAUUUGCGAGUUUUGAUGUCUGCCAUGUUGGCUGAACUUUACGAAAGGUUUUUCUCGCCAGCAACGGGCAUUGUUGGCCACGUCAUUUUCUAGGGUAUUUGAUUUUAUUGAAUUUAAACUCCCUAUUAAUCGUACCCUUUCCGCAGCUCCCUCUAGGUAAAACUAGGCUAAAGUAUCCAGUACGAAAACUAUARUUUCACUUCAGGGGMCCGGUUAUACUAAGGGUGGGUAGCGCURUCCGACGGAAGAAUGUUAUCUUAAAUGUAAUGGAUAACAGCAUCGACUCAUCCAMUGGAUAAGGAWUUAUCCAUGGAUAGCGCUAUCCCGCCACUYGUCGUACAAACGGGCCCUAUAUGCCAACAACAAUUGUAARAAGUGGGUUUAUACUUKGAGUAUUUGCACUCAACGAAAGGGAUUAAACCUCAGAAUAUUUUCAGUA